UAUUUUGAUUGGUUGUUCCUUUGCGCGGGGUUAACUUCGAGAUGAAUUCAGUUUCGCGUCACAUUAUUUGCUGUCGGCCAUUUUGGGCCUUGUCGUUAGUCAAAGUGAGGUUUGGGAUAAUUAUCUAGCCGCAUUGCGGCGAUCGGUGAUUUCUUCCUACAAGGUUAGAUAACACCGGUUUAGGAUGUUCUUGUACAAUCUUACGCUCCAGGGCUCCUCCGCCAUUACCCAUGCCGUACAUGGGAAUUUCUCUGGCACCAAGCAGCAAGAGAUUGCUAUAUCGCGUGGGAAGAUAUUGGAACUCUUGCGUCCUGACCCGAACACUGGGAAAGUGUAUACUUUGAUGAAAGUUGAAAUAUUCGGCAUUAUUCGCUCCAUGAUGGCAUUUAGAUUGACGGGCGGAACAAAAGAUUACAUUGUGGUUGGAUCAGAUUCUGGAAGAAUUGUUAUAUUAGAGUACAUACCAGCUAAAAAUAUUUUGGAAAAAGUACAUCAAGAAACAUUUGGUAAAUCUGGUUGUAGGAGAAUUGUUCCAGGACAGUAUUUAGCAAUUGAUCCUAAAGGGAGAGCAGUGAUGAUAGGUGCAACUGAGAAGCAAAAGUUGGUUUACAUUUUAAACAGAGAUGCAGAAGCUCGUCUGACUAUUUCAUCUCCACUUGAGGCACAUAAGUCUAACACUUUGGUAUAUCACAUGGUUGGUGUUGAUGUGGGCUUUGAAAAUCCUAUGUUUGCCUGUUUGGAAAUUGAUUAUGAAGAAGCAGACUCUGAUCCCACUGGUGAAGCAGCACAGAAAACACAACAGACGCUUACAUUUUAUGAAUUAGAUUUGGGAUUAAACCAUGUUGUGCGUAAAUAUUCAGAGCCAUUGGAAGAGCAUGCCAACUUCCUCAUAACUGUGCCCGGCGGUAACGAUGGACCUUCAGGAGUAUUGAUUUGUUCAGAAAACUAUUUAACUUACAAAAACUUAGGAGACCAACAUGACAUCAGAUGUCCUAUCCCCCGACGCAGGAAUGACUUGGAUGACCCAGAACGGGGAAUGAUUUUCGUGUGCUCUGCCACUCAUAAAACCAAAUCUAUGUUCUUUUUCCUUGCACAAACAGAGCAAGGAGAUAUAUUUAAAAUCACAAUAGAAACUGAUGAGGACAUGGUAACUGAAAUUAAACUAAAAUACUUUGACACAGUACCUGUUGCAACAUCUAUGUGUGUUUUGAAGACAGGAUUUCUGUUUGUUGCUUGUGAAUUUGGAAACCAUUACUUAUAUCAAAUUGCACACUUGGGAGAUGAAGAUGAUGAGCCUGAGUUUAGUUCUGCUAUGCCUUUAGAAGAGGGUGACACAUUCUUCUUUGCACCAAGACCUCUGAGAAAUUUGGUACUUGUUGAUGAAUUGGACUCCCUUUCGCCCAUUCUAGCUUGUCAAGUGGCUGAUUUAACUGGUGAAGAUACACCUCAGGUGUAUUUAGCGUGUGGUCGUGGCCCAAGAUCUUCUAUAAGAGCAUUGCGACAUGGUCUUGAGGUAGCAGAGAUGGCCGUUUCAGAACUACCAGGGUCCCCAAAUGCAGUUUGGACUGUACGGAGGCAUAAAGAUGACGAUUAUGAUUCUUACAUCAUUGUGUCGUUCGUAAACGCUACGCUUGUGCUCUCUAUCGGCGAGACUGUUGAAGAAGUUACGGAUUCCGGUUUCCUGGGAACUACUCCGACGCUCAGUUGUCACGCUCUCGGCAGCGACGCUCUAGUCCAAGUUUACCCGGAUGGUAUAAGACACAUUCGCGCAGAUAAAAGAGUUAAUGAAUGGAAAGCGCCAGGAAAGAAGUCUAUCGUUAAAUGCGCUGUUAACCAACGCCAAGUCGUCAUUGCUCUGACUGGUGGAGAACUGGUUUACUUUGAAAUGGACCCUACCGGCCAACUUAAUGAAUAUACAGAGAGAAAGAAGUUAUCGUCCGAUGUAUCCUGCAUGGCCCUAGGAUCUGUCGCUACAGGAGAACAGAGAGCCUGGUUCUUAGCAGUGGGACUUACGGACAACACUGUUAGAAUUAUUUCAUUAGAUCCAGCUGACUGCCUUUCGCCCAGAUCCAUGCAGGCCUUACCUGCGAGUCCAGAGUCCUUGUGUAUCGUUGAUCAACCAUUUGAGUCUGGCGCUAAGUCUGCAUUACACUUGAAUAUUGGUCUAAGCAAUGGUGUACUAUUAAGGACAACUUUGGAUUCUGUCAGCGGAGAUUUAGCAGACACAAGAACAAGGUAUUUGGGAUCUCGGCCUGUGAAGUUGUUCAAAGUUAGAGUGCAGUCGGCUGAAGCAGUGCUGGCUGUGUCAUCUAGGACAUGGCUUGGGUACCAGUAUCAAAACAGAUUCCACCUUACACCACUAUCCUACGAAUGUUUGGAAUAUGCUGCCGGUUUCAGUUCAGAACAAUGUACCGAGGGUAUCGUCGCCAUCUCGUCAAACACAUUGAGAAUUUUGGCUCUAGAAAAAUUGGGAGCUGUCUUUAAUCAAAAUUAUGUCCCACUGGAAUAUACUCCACGGAAAUUUUUGAUCAAUGGAGACACCAAUCACAUUAUUAUUUUGGAGACUGAUCAUAAUUCUUAUACAGAAGAAAUGAAAAAACAGAGAAGAGUCCAAAUGGCCCAAGAGAUGCGAGAGGCUGCCGCUGGAGGUGGGCCAGAAGAGCAACAAUUGGCCAACGAAAUGGCGGACGCGUUUUUGUCUGACAUUCUCCCAGAAAAUGUAUUUUCUUCACCCAAAGCUGGGGCAGGCAUGUGGGCGUCACAAAUCCGCGUAGUGGACAUGAGCAGCGGCGAGGCGAGCACCUUGUGCAAAGUGCAACUGGAACAGAACGAAGCCGCAGUGUCCGUGUGUAUUGUGCGUUGGGCUGUACACGGAGAACACGCAGUUCCACAUUUGGUUGUUGGAGUCGCCAAGGAUAUGGUGCUGUCUCCUAGGACUUGUAACGAGGGCAGCCUUGAUGUUUAUAAGAUAUAUAAUACGGGUAAAUUGGAAUUAGUUCAUAAAACUCCAGUAGACGAAUACCCCGGAGCAUUAGCUGCCUUCAAUGGACGUCUUAUUGCUGGAGUAGGUCGAAUGCUUCGUUUAUACGACAUUGGUCGGCGGAAACUUCUUAGAAAAUGCGAAAACAGACACAUUCCUAACCUAAUUGUAGACCUUAAAACUAAUAGGCAAAGAAUAUUUGUAUCGGAUGUGCAAGAAUCCAUAUUCUGUGUAAAAUACAAGAAAAGGGAGAACCAGUUAAUCAUAUUUGCCGAUGAUACAAAUCCUAGAUGGAUAACCAAUACAUGUAUUCUCGAUUAUGACACAGUAGCCAUGUCGGAUAAGUUUGGGAAUGUUGCUAUUAUGAGGUUACCGCACUCAGUCACUGAUGAUGUCGAUGAGGAUCCUACUGGAAACAAGGCUCUUUGGGAUAGAGGUUUACUGAAUGGAGCAUCUCAAAAGGGAGAUAUGGUGGCCAAUUUCCAUGUUGGGGAGACUAUAACUACCCUGCAUAGAGCUACCCUCAUUCCUGGAGGUUCAGAGGCCCUAUUGUAUGCUACUUUGAGUGGAUCCCUGGGAGUCCUUUUACCUUUCACUUCAAGGGAAGACCAUGAUUUCUUCCAACACUUGGAAAUGCAUAUGCGAAGUGAAAAUUCCCCUCUAUGUGGCAGAGAUCAUUUGUCGUUUAGGAGCUACUACUAUCCAGUUAAGAAUGUGAUUGACGGAGACUUGUGUGAACAAUUUAAUUCGCUGGAGCCGUCGAAACAAAAGGCGAUCGCCGGCGACCUCGAAAGGACGCCCGCCGAGGUGUCAAAGAAACUUGAAGAUAUUAGAACUCGCUACGCCUUCUAAUUUUGUUGCUAGAAUUAUUUAUAAGGAAAUAAAGAAUAAGUCAACUCA